CCUGCAACACAAAAUAAAAAACAACAAAAGGAACGAACGAAAUUACAAGCAAGGACUCGUCGUCUUUCGUCCUUCUUUGAAGCCCUUCGCAUCUUCAAAGUCUCUCUCUUUCUCCGAGAUCAGGAGCUACCAUCAGGUAAAUGGGUUUGUGGACGCUACUUGAAGGCUUCCUGCUUCUUGCAAAUGCUCUAGCAAUAUUAAAUGAGGACCGGUUCCUUGCGCCUAGGGGAUGGAGCUUCUCAGAAUUCUCUGUGGGCAGGACAAAGUCAUUGAAGGGACAGAUUAUAGGUCUCAUUUAUGCAACACAGUACCUGAGAGUUCCUCUCGUGCUACUCAAUUCCAUCUGCAUUGUUGUAAAAUUGAUAUCUGGAUGAUGCCAAAUGAGGUUUUGUGCAGAUUCAUCAAAUUUCUAUGGGGAGUCUGCCAAGUGCAACUUGCAUCUUCUGUUUCUUGGAAAGCAGAAGCAUUAGGUUGUUAGAUAGUGUUUGCCUUUUGCCUUCUCUAAGUAGAUUUUUCACAUCACUGUUCGAAAACUAUUUGACUUUAGAUAGUAGUUGUUUGGAAAUAUCUGUCUCUGAUGAUCAUGACAAAGCUGUCUUCUUGCUUGGUUUUAAGCGUCUAUGCGAUCCUUAUUCUUGUAAAUGAAGAUUGGGUACAUUGGCAGGGUCUGGGCUUGGUGAAAAUCAGCUCUACUGGCACCUAUAAGAACUUGUGACCCCCAUAAAUCUUGUACAAUUUGACAAUGUUUACCCAAAGCAAUUCAGUAUUCAAAUGUUAUUCAAGGAAUAAUGAUUAAAUUUGUCUAUGAUUGUGAAUGUCAAGUACAUGAAAGGUCGUAUUUAUCACCCUGUACUUUUAUUAGUUUUGUUCACAUUAUUUUAGGUAAUUGAGCAUUUAAUGUCACUGGAAUGCAGAUUUGCUUUGGAUGUGUAGACAUUCCGAACCCAACAGAUGGUCUUCUGCUACUCUGGCCAUAAAGUGAUAAACCUGAGGAACCAAAUAUGUAGAGAAUCUAUGCUAUUAUUUAUAUUUAUUUUUUUGUUUUUUGAUCUGAUAUUAUUUGAAGCUUAAGCUAUAAACGAAGUACAGCCUAAAUGCAUACUAAAUACAAUUGAGGGAUAAAUAUUGAAAAGGAAAAGGAAAAAAAAAAAAAGAA